GCAAGAUUCCGUGAAGGUCCCCGCAGCUUGAUCCAAGGCCCAACGCUCGCGCCCCACAGCAGCUCAACUUCCCAACGUCACUACGCGACUGCCCGCGUGCGUCUCCUUCGCCGUUUGAUCAUCCCACCAUGUUUCACUGCCGCAGCCAUGAUUGACGUACCCCGGCGACUCCGGCGCGCCAUCCUCCUCAACGACCUCACCCUCGUCCAGCGCAUCAUUCGCAACAACCACAAGUACCUGCGCAACCCGGACUUUGACGACCGCUCCAAUACGUCGCUGCACCUCGCGGCUAAACAUGGCUUCACGACCAUUGCCGAGUUCCUCGUCGACGCCGGCCACGAAGACGGCAUGAUAUCACGGAACAACGAUUGGGAAACACCCUUGAUGCUUGCGGCUUCUGCUGGCAAGGAGGAAUGCGGCGUUUACCUCGCCAAACGUUUUCCUGAGGCUGUGGACUGGAAGAAUAAAUCUGGGCUCGACGCCCUCAUGCUGGCGUGUCAGUCUGGCGCUGGGACGCUGCAUCUCAUUCCCACACUUAUCCUCCACGGACCCAACCUACUCUCCGCCAGCGAUUUACAAGGCAACACAGCGCUGCACCAUGCAUCUGCGGCGGGGGAACUAAAGGCACUCAGGAUGCUACUUCAAUACGGCGCGAAUCCGCUCGCGAGCAAUAGUUAUAGUUGGACGCCUGUCCACUACUCCGCGACCAGCGCCGCAGAAGCGUAUUUCAAGACCCUCAUCAUCGAGUUUGAGAAGAAGAAGGCGGAGGGGAAGCGGGCAGUCAAAGAGAGGGAGAGGCAGAGGACGGCGGGUGUCAGGCUGGUUACUGAUACUGAGGGUUUGGGUGGGGGUGUGGUUAUGCAGGGGAGUGCUGCGACGGCGGCUGCUGGUGGAGGUGGAGGUGGAGUGGAAAGACAGAGUCUGGAGAGACAGAGUAUGGAUAGACAGCGGGCGAGGGAUGAUGCGGCGAUUGCGGGAUUGCCAGCGCCUGGGGUCAUGGAUUGGAGUCCUGUGGAGAGGCGGAGGGCUAUGACGCCUACGGAAGGGAGGGGAUGGACUUUUACGCCGGAUGGGUUUAGGCCGAGGGCUGAGACAGGCGAGUCUAUCUAAGGGUACAUUGGGUCGGAACUUUGGCGUUGAGUAUGAUGCAUGCAUUAAGGAGCAUCGGUGGAGUGGGUAUCUUGGGUUUUGGCGUUGUAGGCAUGUGGUGUUGAUGCGUGUAAGAUUACUGAUAUUCAUUCUAUCUCUACCUCACACCUUUGAUCUUUCCUGCGCGUUGCAAAACGCUGCGUCUUUUCAUACAGUCCCCUCCAACCCUUGGAGCUGACAUGCCUGAGAAACAAAUACAGGGGUACCUAGUACGCCGAACCAAACC